AGAUCCUAUCUGGUUGAGCACGUCAGAAUCCACACAGGAGAGAGGCCCUACGAGUGCGACAAAUGCAAGAAGAGGUUCCAGACCAGCUCCGCUCUCCUCGUGCACCGGCGCACUCACACCGGGGAGAAGCCCUUCCUCUGCCCCGACUGCGGGAAGGGGUUCAGUCAGAAGUCCAACCUCAUCACCCACCGGCGCAUCCACACCGGCGAGAAGCCCUACGAGUGCGGGCAGUGCGGGAAGAGCUUCAGGACCAACUGCCAGCUGGUUGCCCACCAGCGGAUGCACACGGACGAGCGGCCCUACGAGUGCGGGCAGUGCGGCAAGAGCUUCAGGACAAACGGCCAGCUGGUUCUCCACCGGUGGAUCCACACGGGAGAGCGGCCCUACAAGUGCGGGCAGUGCGGGAUGAGCUUCGCCCUGCGCUCCCGGCUGAUUUUACACCAGAGGAGCCACCCGGGGCAUUGGUGGGGGUCCGAGGGGGAGAGACCCUCCUGGAGCUCGGAGCUGGGGGUCCACCAGCAGCUCCAGGAGGGGGGGAAUCCCCACAAGUGCUCGGUGUGUGGGAAGAGCUUCAGGUGUAAAUCCUCCUUGGGCUACCACUUCCGAAUCCACACCGGGGAGCGGCCCUACGUGUGCGGGCAGUGCGGCAAGAGCUUCAGCACCAACUCCUGCCUGAUUGUGCACCGCAGGAUCCACACCGGGGAGAGGCCCUACGAGUGCGGGCAGUGCGGCAAGGGCUUCACCUCCAACACGGAGCUGACCGUGCACCGCAGGCAGCACACGGGGGAGCGGCCCUACGCGUGUCCCCAGUGCGGCAAGAACUUCAGCCACAGCAGCCACCUGAUUGUCCACCUGAGGUGCCACACCGGGGAGAGGCCCUACGAGUGCGGGCAGUGCGGGAAGAGCUUCAGGACGCGCUCGUGCAUGAUGAAGCACCAGAUGAUCCACACCGGGGAGAGGCCCUACGAGUGCGGGCAGUGCGGCAAGAGCUUCAUGGUGAGAUUCCAGCUGACGGUCCACCAGAGGAUCCACACCGGGGAGAAGCUCUACGAGUGUGGGCGGUGUGGGAAGAGCUUCCUGGUGAGAUCGCAGCUGACGGUCCACCAGAGGAGCCACACCGGGGAGAGGCCCUACCUGUGCCCCCAGUGUGGGAAGACCUUCAGCACGAGCUCCUACCUGAUCAUCCAUCAGAGGAUCCACAGCGGGGAGAGGCCCUUCAAGUGUGGGGAGUGCGGGAAGAGCUUCAUCAAGCGCUCCAUCCUCAUCUACCACCAGAGGAUCCACACAGGGGAGAGGCCCUACGAGUGCGACGUGUGCGGGAAGGGGUUUCGCACCAGCUCCCGCCUCCUCGUGCACCAGCGCACUCACACCGAUGAGAAGCCCUUCCUCUGCCCCGACUGCGGGAAGGGCUUCAGGGACAACUCCACCCUCGCCAUCCACCGGCGCACCCACACCGGGGAGAGGCCCUACGAGUGUCCCCAGUGCGGGAAGAGCUUCAGCAUGAGCUCCUACCUGACUGUCCACCAGAGGAGCCACACGGGGGAACGGCCCUACGAGUGUGGGCAGUGCGGCAAGAGCUUCACGACGAGCGCCGGCCUGGUGUGCCACCAGAGGAGCCACACCGGGGAGAGGCCCUACAAGUGUGGGCAGUGUGGGAAGAGCUUCAGCACGAGGUCCUGCCUGGCUUCCCACCAGAAGAGCCACUGCGGGGAGAAGCCCUUCGAGUGCGUGCUGUGCGGGAAGAGGUUUCGGGUUAACUCCACGCUCCAGAGGCACCAGAGCGCGCACGCGGGGGAGAAGCCCUUCCGCUGCCCCGACUGCAAUCGGGGCUUCAAGCUCCACACCUACCUGGUCAAGCACCGGCUCAUCCACUCCGGGCAGGGGCCCCGUGAGUGUCCCCAGUGUGGGAAGAGCUUCUCGGCGAGCUCCCUCUUGGCCAGACACCAGUGGAAGUACCACUGAGGGCAGCGCCGUGAGUGCCCAGAGCGCGGGAAGAGCUCCGUGCGCUGCUCCAGCUCCAAACCCCACGGGAGGAUCCGCGCUGGAUGAUCCCCAGGGAGCCCCGGUGAUCCCUGAUCCCUGUUGGUCUUCCCUGGCUCCCCGUG